GACUCACAAAAUGCUCUUUAUAAACCCCUUCUCUUGCUUCUCUUCCCAUUCCCACCGCCCACCGCCUCCGUUCUCCUCUCUGUAUUUCUCUGAAAGAAAUGGAGUCUACAACCACAAGGAGGCCUUAUUUUGUUGAAGAAAACAAUGGGCUUGCUUCCAUAUCUGACUUAGAACAUGGGUUCUCAUCAUCACCAUCAUCAUCGACGGAGGACAACCACCACCAUAACCACCACCUGAUCUCCAGACCUAUAUACUCACCAAGAAAAACAAGUCUCAGAAACCUUUCUUCUUUCCCUUCUCUUUCUUCUCCAAGAUCUGGGAGGAUUUUUCAUGGAAGAUUUGAAGAACAACCUCAUUUCUUAGAUGCUUGUUUUCUCUGCAAAAAACCACUUGGUCCUAAUAGAGAUAUCUUCAUGUACAGAGGGGACACACCAUUCUGUAGUGAAGAGUGCAGAGCAGAGCAGAUUGACAUCGAUGAAUCCAAAGAGAAAAACAAGAAUCUUUCUGCAUCAAUGAAAGCUUUGAGGAAGAAAGAACAGAGUGAAACUUCUCCAAACAAAAAUUCCAAGAAAUACCCUUUUCAUUCUGGUGCAGUUGCUGCUGCUUGACUAGUAAUUCCAUCCUAAAACAAGGGGUAUAAAAGGAAAAAUUUUGUCCAUUAUAGAAGAAAGUAUGUGAGGUGAAAAAGAACAAGAACCCUUCUUUUUUACCUUUUUCUGUUAUAAUUAUUUACCACUCUACUGGUUUUUUUUACUGUGGUUAAAAUGCUAUAUAGCAUAAAGAUGAAUGAGGAUGAGGGUGUAUGAAAGUAUGGUACAACUACUUAAUGCAUAAAGUUAUUGUACUUGCUAUCUUUAUG